AUGACAUCCAUCCUCUCUGCUCUUCUCUUCCUCGGGCUGAGUCUGGACCAGAGGACCUGUGUGCAGGCAGGGACCCUCCCCAAACCCACCAUCUGGGCUGAGCCAGACCCUGUGAUAAACUCGGGGACCUCUGUGACCAUCUGGUGUCAGGGGACACUGAAGGCUCAGGAGUACCGGCUGUAUGCAGGUGGCAGGUACUUGAACAGACAGAAGUCCCUGGAGCCUGGAGAGAGGGUCAAGUUCCUCAUUACAGGAAAGUAUACAGAGAGAUAUACCUGUAACUACCUCAGCCCCACUGGCUGGUCAGAACACAGUGACUCCCUGGAGCUGGUGGUGACAGGAUCCUACAGCAAACCCAGCCUCUCAGCCCUGCCCAGCCCUGUCGUGACCUCAGGAGGGAAUGUGACCCUCCAGUGUGACUCAGUGGAUAAAUUUGACAGGUUCAUUCUGACUAAGGAAGGAGAUCACAGGCUCUCCUGGACCCUGGACGCACAGCGACAGCCCAGUGGGGGGUCCCAGGCCCUGUUCCCUGUGGGCCCUGUGACCCCCAGUCACAGAUGGACAUUCAGAUGCUAUGGCUAUUUUGAGAAGAAUCCCCAUGAGUGGUCUGACCCUAGUGACCCCCUGGAUCUAACGGUCUCAGGACCCUCUGAAGGCCCCAGCCCCCCACCCACAGGGCCCACCUCCACAGCUGGUGAGUCCCGGGGAGCUCUGCUCAGAGGGAGCACAGCCCACCCAGCAAGUCCUGAGAGUCUGUCAGGGGUUCGAGUGACCCAGAUCCUCAAGGACGGGCUUGUGUCCCAGGGGGGCGGGGAGUCCCAGGGUCUGAGGCAGUGA